GUUUGCGCCGACGACCAUGGCGCCCAUGGCGGCCGGGAACCUAGUAGCCGUAGCCAUGUCCGCCGCCGUGCUGCUGCUGCUGGCGGCGGCAGCGGCGGCGAACCAGGAGGGCGAAGCGCUGACGGCGUUCAGGAAAGGGCUGCGCGACCCCAACGGCGCGCUGGCGAGCUGGGACCCCAACCUGGUGAACCCCUGCACCUGGGGGCGCCUCACCUGCGACGACGACAACCGCGUCACCGGCAUAAUAAGCUUGGACCUGUACAACAACAUUGAAGGAUCAAUCCCCCCAGAGUUUGGUAAUCUGGAGAAUUUGAUUAGCUUGGACCUGUACAACAACAACAUUUCUGGGCCGAUACCUCCAUCGCUUGGGAAGCUGAAGUCCUUGGGAUACAUGCGAAUGGAUCACAAUCGUUUAACUGGGCAAAUCCCUAACGAACUGGUUGGACUGUCCAACUUGAUGGUUCUAAAUCUCUCCAACAAUGAUCUGUGUGGAACAAUUCCGACGUCUGGGCCGUUCGAGCGCUUCCUUCCCAGCAGCUUUGCAAACAACCCGCGGCUGAGGGUUCCCCAGAUGGGCUUGCACGACGGCGACGACGGCUGCUAGAUCAUGCAAGGCGCUGGUAGCAUCAAUAAGAACGAGCAGGGCGGCGGCGGCAGGGUUUCUUCUUCGCCGGAAGCAACUUGGUCGUCGGCGUCGGCGGCGGCGGCGGCGGCGUCGGUCGGUGCAGAUCGUGUGUGUGUGUCCAGGAGCUGCGCAUUGCUACAAGUUUGGCCUGUGUUUGUGUCGUUGCGUCGGGGAAUUAAUUAAUACCGCGGAAUGGUUUUUUCUCUGUUGCAAGUGCUACAAAAAAAAUUAAGCCGGUGUCAUGAAUAGUGUUAGUGUAAUGAAAGCGAUCGUCUCGGUUGAUCAGUGUUCUGCCUAGCCUGAUUGCAUGGUUAUCGUAAAUCCGGUGUUUUUUCU